UGGAGGUUUUCAGGUCCAGCGCAGCAUCCAGCUUCAGACCGGACGUUGCUCCGCUCAGAGAAGCAGCCGGGACACCUUCCCUGUCAGCUGUGUGGUGGUCUGACCCGCGUGGACCUGCUUUGCGUCUCUGAACAACACGUGGAAUUUAACCUUUGGAGCUUGUAGAGGAGGAUGAACCCUCAGUGUGCCCGCUGCGGGAAGAUCGUCUACCCGACGGAGAAAGUCAGCUGCCUGGACAAGAACUGGCACAAAGGAUGUUUCCACUGCGAGGUCUGCAAGAUGACCCUGAACAUGAAGAACUACAAAGGCUAUGACAAGAAACCCUACUGCAACGCACAUUAUCCCAAGACGUCGUUCACCAUUGUGGCUGACACACCAGAGAACCUGAGACUGAGACAGCAGAGUGAGCUUCAGAGCCAGGUGAAGUACAAGAAGGAUUUUGAGGAGAGUAAAGGCCGAGGGUUCAGCAUCGUGUCCGACACCCCAGAGAUGCAAAGACUCAGAAAGACUCAGGAGCAGAUCAGCAUCGCAAAGUACCACGAGGACUUCGAGCGGGCGCGUGGCCGAGGCUUCACGCCGGGGCUGGACGACCCGAGCAUGGAACGCUACCAGAGAGCCAAUCAGAUGAUGGGAGAGGCGGGCUACAGCAAAGGGAUCCACCCCCAGAUGAUGGAGAUGGACAGACGACCAGGAGGCAUCAUCGUAGACCUGAAGGUGUGGAGAACAGACCCAGGCUCCAUCUUUGACUUUGACCCUCUGGAGGACAACAUUCAGUCCAAGAGUCUCCGCAGGAUGUCUGCUCCAGUCCUCCCGGGAGCAUACCAUCACCAGAGCGUCCAGAUGCAGCCCCACCAGCAGUAUCACGGCUACAUGCACCAGACCAGCAUGUCCUCAGUCAGAUCUGUCACUUCCCCGCCACAUUCAGCCACCAUGCGUGUUUAUCGAGCCCUGUACGACUAUGCAGCUCAGGACCAUGAUGAGGUGUCAUUCAGGGACGGCGAUGUCAUCGUCAACGCGCAGCAUAUUGACGAAGGCUGGAUGUACGGGACCGUGCAGAGAACCGGCAAGUCUGGGAUGCUGCCGGCAAACUACGUGGAGUGUUGCAACUGAAGCAUGGGAGAGGGAGCGAGGAAGAGAGGAUGGCUCUUCACUCAUAAAGCACAUGUUUGUGAUGUUCUUUGCAUUUCAGGGUCGCUUGUCAUUGUGUUUUUUCCUCUGGAAAACACGGCAGUGACAUGACGUCUUCAUGUUUUCAGCUGUUCUGCACAAAGCUGCAGCUUUUUGUAAAGAGAGCCUCUACUUAUGCAAUGCAGCAAGACAGACAUGCUUUGGUUAACUUUAGGGAACACAGUCACCCACUAAUUAAAAUGAAGCUGUUUGUUUGGAAACUGACUCGGUGGUCAGAAGAAAAGAUAUAAUUCUUCAUUACAAGGUAACUGAAAUGCACCGAACAUCACAGACAGGGGACAUCAGGUGGAUGAAGAUCAGGUGGAGGGAUAAAUCUAGCAUGCUGUUAAUAAUUAUAUAAACACUUACAACUAAAGGAAGGAAAGACAGAAGAAAGGUGAAUGGAGACAGAUUAAGAGGGACAAACUGAAGGUCAUUUAAAAAGAACUGAAAAAUAUGUGAAUUCAAUCUAAGUUUAAAGCACAAUUCUAUUUUUCUUUAUGAGAAAACCCACAAGACCAGAACCAAUAAUGAAAGAUUUGAGCUGAAACAUUAUAAAAUAAUGUCUAAUUCCUCAGAGCUGCAUCAGUGAGCUGCAGACACAUUCUUCAAUAACAUGACACACUCUGGAGUCUCCAUGUCCUCGGUCAUACGUGCAACCACCGAUGAACGAUGCCCUCACGUUUCUAGACCAUGUUUACAACACUGAAGAUUCAGGGUACAUUUCAUUCUCUUGUUUUAGCUCAUUUAUCCACAUGUAUGUGCAGCCAUCCACCCCGACAGCAUGGAACUAAAGGUUUGUCUCCCUUUAUUAGGACACAAGCUCCCCUGAAAACAUGAUUCAUGAAUUCAGUGUUUUUAACCCUUGUGUAAAAACAGCAUUAAACGCUCUGUGGUGGUGGUUUAGAGCAGAAAAAAGUCGCCUUGUCCAUUCGGCCUGCUGUAGUGUCAAAACUAAUCAUUUAGGUGAGUAAAGAAGACAGUUUAAGGUUUUUCUCUGUUUCCAGGCUGGUGCUCGGUUUAUUUAUCCAGUUUAUUUGCUUAGGGCAGGGGUGUCAAACUCCGGUCCUCGAGGGCCGGCAUCCUGCAGGUUUUCAUUGUUUCCCUGAUCCAACACACCUGACUGACACUAAUGGGUUGUUGUGAAGAAAAUGACUAGAAACUGCUGGAUCCAUUUGACUUUAUUCAGGUGUGCUGGAGUAAAGAAAUAACUAAAACCUGCAGGACACCCCUGGUCUAGGGGCCUAAAACUGUGUUUCUAUUGGUAUCUGAUCUCUUUACUAAAAUAACCCACUCGCUGUGGGUCCACCUGCAUGAUACACACCACUCUGGUUGGACAGACAGCUCUGUGUGAUCAUCACGGAUGAAAACGCGUUUGUCUGGAAGCGUUUUGGCCAGUAAUGGCCACCGUCCAUUCACAACAGUUAUGCCCAUCUUUACCACUAGAUGUCCUCAGUUCUUACACACUGUACCUUUAAGGUGACACGUGGUCACUGAACCGAGGCGCUGGCUCUGGCAUUACAAUCCUGUGUCUAAAGCAGGCUGAAGCUUCAAAAGAUGGAAAGAAAAGUGAAAGAAGAAAAGAAAAUAUGUGACUAUGUAAAUUAAUGAGCUGAUCAGUAUCACUGCAGCAUCAUUAACAUGGGGGCGGAUCUGAUGAUUUACACUAGUGGAUGUUUAUUCUUCAGGCAUGUGACUGUAUUAAAAUGUGCUUUGUACUAAAUAAGGAACUAAAACAUGAGCCACUAUAACUAAAAAGGGGUUCAGUUGAAAGUUUUUGUAUUAGUUUUGGUCAGGUUUUAAAAUGGAUGAGGACAUGAACAACAUUUCAUACAGUUUGGUGAAUUUGAUUUAGUCAUCUUCAUUACAGGAAUAUCAAUCAAUAAAAAGAAUUCAUGUUAGUUCAUUUGAGGGUCUUGGGGAAGCUGGAACCAAUCCCAGCAAUUAACAGGCUAGAGGCAGGUACACCGUGGACAGGUUGCCAGUCCAUCGCAGAGCCACCACAGAGACAACCAACCACUUACUCCUAGAGAGAGUUUAACCUAAAAUUGUGUUUUUGGAUGGUGGGAGGAAGCUGGAGUACCUGGAGAGAACCCACACAUACAUGGGGAGAACAUGCACACUCCACACAGCAAGGCCACCGCCCCCCAGGUUUGAACCUCCCCCAUCCGGGACUCGAACCAGUGACCUUCUGGUUGUGGCUACAAAGAUACUCCCUCCUGCUGACAUACCUCUCAUGAGGAUGCUGCUCAGUGAAGGUCACGGUGGUCGGUCUUUGACUUGGUUGGUGUGUUGGCACAUGACACAUCAAACCAGCCUCUUAAGGUCUGAAUGAUCAGUAGUAAUAACAUAAUGAUUUAUUUAGACUUUAACGGUAUUUUUGGAGCUGUUUUUAUUGAUCAGCAUCGGAAAGCUUUCACAGAUAAACUGAUGGUUUUGGUCUUUUUAAGGAAUUUGUUGACAAUAAGAAAACUACAGAAUAACAGCAGACUAACACUUGAUGGGGAGCAGGGAAAGAAAUACUGAUGGUGAAAUGUUUGGAUCUGUCAUCUGUUUUCUAGAGGUGGAAAAGAAGUGAUGUAACCAAAGGGAGAAGGAGCACAGAGGCAUGCUGGGGGAUUAAUAAGAUAUUAAUAUGAACAAGGACUUAGAGAUCUCUGGGGUUUAAUCAUUUUUAUAUCCUGAGUUGAAUUCCUGUUCAGGUGAGUGUAGUUUAGUUUUUGAUGUCUGAUAGUAAUCUUUACAGAGAUGGAACAAUGCACAGCUUCAGUGUUAAACAGCAGCGCUAACCUCUGUGUUUGUAAAGGACUUAACUAACACACUGUGCUUUUCUCCUUCUCUAUCUCUCUUUUUUUAAACAAUUAAUUUAAGUUUUCACACCACAUGCCGUCCAGAUAAUCUGUCAUCACCAACAGUUCACACGGACUGAAAUCUGAACAGACUGUAUGUCAGGCCGAGAGAUCUCUGUAGGUCACAGAAUAUUUUGAUACACGGGAUCAUGUCUAAGUUUUUGAAAGAUAUAUUUUACUCUUUUACUCGUAUGUAUCCAGUAAGUUGUGUUUUUAGGGUUUGUUGUCUUGCUGUGUGGAUUGCCUCUCAGUUGUGUACUGAAUAAACCUUCACUCAUCCAUUUUUGUCAUUCUAGCUGCAAAGCAUUUUGUUUUUCUUUGUUUGAUUAAAAUUAGAUGUAAAACAAUAUAAAUUACCGAAUAGGAAAUGGGUGUCAUUUCAUAAUGAUUUUUUUUUCUUUUAUUCUUGCAUUGGGAAUUUUUCGCUUCUAAUAUCAUUACUGUAAAGUUGUUUUUUUUUCUUUUGUUUGUUUUUCAUUUUAUUUUAGUCUCUACAUUGUCACAUAUUAUACUAGAAUUAUUUACAUGUUAUUUGAAUUAAUAUAUCACUGUUUCAGCUGUUAUUUUGCCAUAACUGAAGUGUGUUACAUGUGAGAGAAAUAAAAACAAAUGAACUGUCAA